CUGCUUCUCUAACAGAAGGAUUAGGAGGAGACCUUGGAACUAAAUCCGUGUCUGACUAGGGUGCUGGUUUGCUCUAGCAGUCAAACUUCCCCGCUGAUAGAUCUCUUCUCCUUUUCUCGGCCUCUGAUGACAUCCUGCCCGGACUAGUCCCCAUGGAAGACCAGAAGACUGCGUGAAGAGGCCAAUCCCUUGAUGCUUUCCUUUUAUUCUUUUUUCUAUAUUACUAAUAAAAACAAUUCCAAAUCAUAUCUCUCAAAUUCCUUUUUUUUUUUCCCUUUUAAAAAACCAGAAAAACUUACCUUUUUAAAGGAAGAAACUUGUGUUGGACUUUAAAUGCAUCUCCUUCUUCCUCUCUUCUUCUGUGUCAUGCAAUAGCCAUACCUAAAUCCCUUCAAUCUCUCUUCUUUCUUCCUCCAAAUUACAUCUCAUUCUACCUCUCUAACUAUGGCAAUGGCUCAGCUUCUCAUCAAACCACCUCAAUCUUUCUCCCCAUUCCUUGAAUCUCCAAGGCCAAUGAUUACAAUCCCAAAACAGUUUCGUUUGAGAGCGUCGUCAACUAAUAGCCCGAAUGAAGAAGCGAGGAAUUUGGUAGGAAAAGAAACAGAUGGAUGGACCAUUGACUACUCCAGCGAAAAACCAGUGACGCCGUUGUUGGACACUGUCAAUUAUCCUAUUCAUAUGAAGAAUCUAUCUUUAGAGGAACUUGAGCAGCUAGCAGCAGAGCUUAGAGCAGAAAUUGUGUUUUCUGUAUCCAAAACUGGAGGUCAUUUAAGUGCAAGCUUAGGUGUUGUCGAGUUGGCCGUGGCACUACAUCAUGUGUUCAAUACCCCAGAGGACAAAAUCAUAUGGGAUGUUGGCCAUCAGGCAUAUCCACACAAAAUUUUGACGGGAAGAAGGUCUAGAAUGCAUACUAUAAGGCAAACUUCAGGACUUGCUGGUUUUCCCAAAAGGGAUGAAAGUGUUCAUGAUGCUUUUGGUGUAGGACAUAGUUCUACAAGCAUAUCAGCUGGUCUUGGCAUGGCAGUUGCAAGAGACCUUUUGGGAAAGAAGAACAGUGUCAUUUCUGUGAUUGGAGAUGGAGCUAUGACAGCAGGUCAAGCAUACGAGGCAAUGAAUAAUGCAGGCUAUCUCGAUACAAACAUGAUUGUUAUUCUAAAUGACAACAAACAAGUCUCAUUGCCAACCGCUACGCUUGAUGGCCCUGCUACUCCUGUUGGAGCUCUUAGUAGUGCCUUAACCAAACUUCAAGCAAGUACACAAUUUCGAAAACUUCGUGAAGCUGCAAAGGUCAUCACAAAACAAAUUGGGGGGCAAGCCCAUGAAGUUGCAGCUAAAGUCGAUGAAUAUGCAAGAGGUUUGAUAAGUGGUUCGGGAUCAACAUUUUUCGAGGAGCUAGGAUUGUACUAUAUAGGUCCAGUGGAUGGACACAAUGUGGGAGAUUUGGUCACCAUUUUUGAUAAGGUGAAAUCAAUGCCAACACCUGGGCCAGUAUUGAUCCAUAUCGUUACAGAAAAAGGGAAGGGCUAUCCUCCAGCAGAAGCAGCUGCAGAUAAAAUGCAUGGAGUAGUCAAGUUUGACCCUAAAACAGGCAAGCAAUUCAAGACAAAAUCCACCACACUUUCAUACACUCAAUACUUUGCUGAAUCGCUCAUAAGUGAAGCCGAACUGGAUGAAAAAAUUGUAGCCAUCCAUGCUGCGAUGGGUGGUGGAACUGGUCUUAACUAUUUCCAAAAGAGGUUCCCAGAACGUUGUUUUGAUGUCGGGAUCGCCGAGCAACAUGCUAUUACAUUUGCAGCUGGUUUAGCAACAGAGGGUAUCAAGCCAUUUUGUGCUAUUUACUCAUCCUUUCUUCAAAGAGGGUUUGAUCAGGUGGUGCAUGAUGUAGACCUUCAGAAACUACCUGUCCGCUUUGCAAUGGAUCGAGCUGGUUUGGUCGGUGCCGAUGGCCCAACACAUUGUGGAGCAUUUGAUAUAACAUACAUGGCUUGUUUGCCGAACAUGAUUGUCAUGGCUCCAUCUGAUGAAGCUGAACUAAUCCACAUGGUUGCAACGGCAGCAGCAAUAGAUGAUAGACCGAGUUGUUUUCGGUUUCCAAGGGGCAAUGGGAUUGGAGUUGAUCUUCCUCUUAACUUUAAAGGAACUCCAAUUGAGAUUGGUAAGGGGAGAAUACUGGUGGAAGGCACUAGAGUUGCUCUAUUGGGGUAUGGUUCAAUAGUUCAACAAUGUGUUGGAGCUUCAGAAUUGUUGAAAACAAGAGGCAUUGCCCCAACAGUGGCAGAUGCUAGAUUUUGCAAACCUUUGGACACUCAACUUAUAAGGCAACUGGCAAAAGAACAUGAAAUUCUGAUUACUGUGGAGGAAGGCUCCAUUGGAGGCUUUGGUUCUCAUGUAUCCUAUUUCCUUAGCUUAACUGGAAUUUUAGAUGAGCAUCGUCUCAAGCUGAGAAGUAUGGUUCUUCCCGAUCGAUACAUUGACCAUGGAUCGCCACGAGACCAAAUCGAAGAAGCAGGACUAUCAUCUAAACACAUAGCUGCAACAAUCCUAACUCUUUUGGGCAGAUCUAAAGAAGCUCUUUCAUUCCAAGUUUCUACACCUAUGAAGUGAAGUUCUAAGUAGGAAGCUAUAUAUGUAUCUACAAAAUCAUAUGGAUAUGUUAUUCAUAUGAAGCAAGAGAACUUUUAUCGGGAUCCAGAUGUUAGUACUAGUGAGAUAGGAAAAAUUGUCAUGGAUGACACUGUAUGGAACUCAUCAAUGAUAAUAUAAACCUAGGAUCCUGAUUAGGUGAAUAAUUUCCAACACAGAACAAAAGAAUUUUAAAUCA